CUAGGGGUCCUGGUAGUUCCCGUUUUAGAAUCCGUUGGAAUUUGUAAUACUGCGCAUGAAAUGUGUCGAUCUAAGAUUCGGAAAAAAAAUCCACAAAAAUUACCAAAAACGUCGAUGAGUUCCGAAGUUUUGGGAUAUACCUCUAAUCUG